AUGCAGAAAUCUAUUCAUGAGCUUGAGCGUCAAAUGGGGCAGAUGGCUAUUAUGCAGAAUGUCAGACCACUGGUACACAUCAACAUUCCUUUGGUGGACCUUUUGCAAGAAGUUCCAAAAUGUGCUAAGUAUAUCAAAGAUGUGGUUGCGAACAAAGGGCGUUGGAUAGAGUUUGAGACUGUUGCACUUACUAAAGAAUGCAGUUCUAAAGUAAGGAGUAAAAUUCCUCCAAAGUUGAAAGAUUUGGGUAGCUUCACGAUUUCAAUUACUAUUGGCAAUGUUGAAAAUGGACUAGCAUUUUGUGACUUGGGGGCUAGUAUUAAUUUGAUGCCUACUUCUCUAGCUGAUCGAUCUCUUGCUUAUCCUGAUGGUAUUAUUAAGGAUGUUCUUGUGGAGUUAGGCCCAUUUAUUCUGCCGGUUGAUUUUGUGAUACUUGAUUAUGAGGCAGAUAAGAGUGUUCCUCUCAUCAUGGGAAGAGGAUUCUUGGCUACUGUUGACGCUGUGAUCCGAGUUAGAGACGAGAAGAUGUCCAUGACAAUUGAUGGACAAGAGGCGACUUUUGACGUGUUUAAAGCUACCAAGCUUCCAGCCCAUUAUGAAGAGUUGAAGAUGAUUACUGUGGUGGAGCUCGAGCUCACUAAUGCAGAGUUAGAUCACUUUUUAGCUUUGUAA